UUCCGCGAGCCCAGCGUUCAGUUGAGCUACUAAUGUGAGUGUUGAAGUAUCCCAACCUAGCCUAGAAAUAAAGAAGAACACUUUCCCAAAUGGAUCCCCGUGGAAUUAAGCUCUUGUUGUUUUCCUAUGUAUUUAUUAGCUUUAUAUUUAUUACACUGCAAACUAAAGAAGAGGUGCUGUUGGAUAUGAGGGCAUCAGGGAGUGAGCUAGGCUGGCUGACCGGGCCAUAUGAACAAGGAGACAAGCAAGGGUGGGAGGUGGUCCAGAGGAGUCUCAACGGCUCACAGUUCUAUACCUAUUCAGUGUGUAACGUGGGCGAGCGUGAGCAGGACAACUGGCUGCGCACCACCUUCAUCCAGCGCCGCCCGUCAGCCUCUAGAGUCUUCGUGGAGCUGCAGUUCAUCGUGCGUGACUGCAACUCGUUCGACGGCUCAUCGCUUACCUGCAAGGAGACCUUCAACCUGUUCUCCUCUGAGUCGGACGCUGAUAUCGGCACCAACUUCCGCAAGGGCCAGUUCAAGAAGGUGGCAACCAUCGCACCCGACGAGAUCACCAGCCGCAAUGAGCUGCACAUCAACACAGAGACGCGGGUGGUGGAGAGCCUCAGCAGGAAAGGGUUCUACCUUGCCUUCCAAGACAUCGGAGCCUGUGUGGCGCUGCUCUCUGUCAGGGUCUACUACAAGACCUGCCCGGCCACUGUCAAAAGCCUGGCAGCCUUCCCCGAAACAGUAGCAGGGGGGGGGGAGAACCAGGCCCUGAGGGAAGUGGCGGGGGCCUGCAUAGAGAAUGCGGUGAGCGAGGAGACGCCCCGCAUCUACUGCACGGUGGAUGGAGAGUGGGUGGUGCCCGUCGGACAGUGCCAAUGCAGGCCCGGCUACGAGGCCGUCAACGGCACAUGCCGAGAGUGUCAGCCAGGCUUCUUCAAAGCCUUCGUGCCCAGCGACACGUGCAAACUAUGUCCUGCUAACACCCAGCUGCUGGGCUCCGGGGCGCUGCUCUGCCCAUGUGCAGAAGGCUUCUACCGCGCUCCCGACGACCCGGCAACAGGGCCCUGCUCAGGCCUGCCCUCAGCGCCGCAAGAACUGGUCGCCACGACCACCCAGCUGGCCGCGGGCAAGCUGCAUCUGUCAUGGAGCCCACCGGAGGACACGGGCGGCCGUAGUGACAUCACCUACAGUGUUGAGUGUAGAUGCUGUGAUGGCGCCACGUGCCAGCCGUGCGGGGAGAAGGUGCGCCUCGAGCCAGCCAGCUUGGGCCUGAUGCACACCUGGGUGGCGGUGAGCGAGCUGGAGCCCCACCUCAACUACACUUUCACCGUGGAGGCCCACAGCGGAGUGUCGCUGUUUGCCAGCCAGGUGGCACCGCGCUCCAACAGGCCCCCGUCCACAAGCACAUUGACCACUGCCCUGCACUACACAGACCCCCCCAAGGUGACGUCCAUGCGUCUGGUCGAGCGAAGCCCCACCAGCCUUUCCCUGUCCUGGGCUGUAGCCCCCCACAGGCCACUGCCCCGGCCCACCCGCUACGAACUCAGCUACCGCAAGAAGGAUGACAAUCUGGAUGUGACCACGUACACUGUUCUGAUUCUGGAGAAGAGCUCUGUGCAGAUCAGUGAAUUGUCCCCAGCCACGGCCUACCUAUUCAGGGUCAAGGCCCUGAGCCCCGAGGGCAGCCCUGGAGGAUCCAAGGAGGAUGAAUUUGAGACCCUGCCUGAUAUGCCCCAGAGCAACACGGCGGUCAUUUUCGGAGCGGCAGUUGGCGGAGCGGCCAUGUUGUUCAUUGUGGUGGUCGUCCUGCUCGUACGCAAACGGAGAAGGAACUCCCAUACAAGACAAGAACCAGAAGAUACUUACUUCUCUAGCUCAGAGCAACUGAAGCCGCUAAAGACCUAUGUGGAUCCGCACACGUAUGAGGACCCCAACACAGCCAUCCUCAAGUUUGCCAGCGAGAUCCAUCCCAGCCACGUGACCAAGCAGAAAGUCAUUGGAGCUGGGGAAUUUGGAGAGGUGUUUCGCGGUAUUCUGAAAGCGCCAGGGCGGAAGGAAGUGGCGGUGGCCAUUAAGACGCUGAAGCCGGGAUACUCGGAGAAGCAGAGGCAAGACUUCCUUUCAGAGGCAAGCAUCAUGGGACAGUUCUCCCACCAGAACAUUAUUCGCCUGGAGGGAGUCGUCACCAAAUUCAAACAUGCCAUGAUUGUGACUGAGUAUAUGGAGAACGGAGCACUGGACAAGUACCUAAAGGAUCACGAUGGCGAGUUGCCCUCCUUCCAGCUGGUGGGCAUGAUGCGUGGCAUCGCCGCAGGCAUGAAGUAUCUUUCCGACAUGAGCUACGUUCAUCGGGAUCUGGCUGCCCGCAACAUCCUGGUCAACAAUAACUUGGAGUGUAAGGUGUCUGACUUCGGCCUGUCCCGAGUGCUGGAGGACGACCCUGAGGGCACCUAUACCACCAGUGGUGGUAAGAUCCCCAUCCGCUGGACAGCCCCAGAGGCCAUUGCCUACAGGAAGUUCACCUCGGCCAGCGACGUGUGGAGCUUCGGCAUUGUCAUGUGGGAGGUCAUGGCCUUUGGCGAGCGGCCCUACUGGGACAUGAGCAAUUGCGAGGUAAUGAAGGCCAUCAACGAGGCGUUCAGGCUGCCGGCGCCCAUGGACUGCCCAUCAACCGUCUACCAGCUCAUGUUGCAGUGCUGGCUGCAGGAACGCUCCAAAAGGCCCCGUUUCCCGGACAUUGUCAGCCUGCUGGACAAGCUGCUCAGGAGCCCUGAGUCCCUGAAGGCAAUCGCAGAUUUCGACCCCCGCGUAUCCAUCCGCCUGCCCAGCACCAGUGGUUCGGAUGGCUCACCCUUCAGGUCGGUGUCCGAGUGGCUGGAGUCCAUCAAGAUGAGCCAGUACAGUGAGAACUUCACCUGUGCCGGAGUGUUCACCAUGGACCAGGUGCUGCAGAUGAAGAACGAGGAUAUCAAGAACAUUGGCGUAAGACUGCCCGGCCACCUGAAGAGAAUUGCAUAUAGCAUCCUGGGCUUGAAAGACCAGACCAGCACCCUGAGUGUAUUUGCAGUGUGACUCAAUACUAGUGGUACAGGAAUUUGAAUCGGCACUAAAGCGGGCAACACUCUGACUGAAUAUUGAACUCAGUGUUGGACUGGACUGGAGCAGAGCUGCGGGAACGGCUUUGGACAGGCAGAACCAAACUGAACACGUCGUAGGACCAUGGUCCAGCCAAAAGAGACUGACAUAUUGUACAUUCUUGGAGAUUUGUAACAGACUUGUUAAGUGAUUGCUAAUAUUUUUGAAUUUAUACAGCAAUAGAUGUAUUAAUUAGACUGUGUAUAUUAUACUGUAUAUAUUUUUUAUUAUCCAUCUCCAUUGUACAGAUACAGUUCAUUGCUCAAUCUUUGUUUUAUAUAUUUUUGGGAUGCAUGCUUCCAUCUCUAGCACCCAAUAUUGAGAAGAGAAAAUGAAAAAAGUGACACAACCACUUAUACUUAGUUCAACUAAUAUGAUUCUUUGUGUGACGUGGACUGCUGUGCCCUUUUCGGAAUGACUCUGGUGUUGCCGAUGCCAUUGCAAUUCACUGAGUGAAAUGCAUUCUGGUCGGCGUAAUCUCUUGCUAAAAUAAUGAAAAUGGACUCGAAGCAGAGAGUGGACCUGAAAGGGGCUGGCCAUAAGUUAACAUGGGGCACUGGUAUAUGCCAGUCUUGAGGUUAUUGUCUUAAAGUCCAGGUUGGGCUGUUGUUGGCUACUGUUAUGCCUUAUGUGGGCUUAAUUCAGAUGUUAAACUAUCAUGAAUUUGAGUUUAUAUAAAAACAGUGUGAAAAGAUAUGAGGUACUCAUCAUGUUCAGUUUAACAUGCUGUAAAGGCUUGUAUUGAUUGAUUGCAACAAAGAACAUCACUUACAGCGCCUUCGGAAAGUAUUCAGACCCCUUGACUUUUUCCACAUUUUGUUACUUUACAGCCUUAUUCUAAAAUUGAUCAAAUAUAAUUUUUCCUCAACAAUCUACACACAAUACCCCAUAAUGACAAAACGAAAACCCUUUGGAAACAGGAUGCACCGGAGUUCAAUUUUGAGUCUCAUAAGACCCUGCCUUUCUAAGGUCUUUGAAAGCCAAGUUAACAGAUUACCGACCAUUUCGAAUCUCACCGUACCUUCUCCGCUAUGCAAUCUGGUUUCAGUGCUGGUCAUGGGUGCACCUCAGCCACACUCAAGGUCCUAAAUGAUAUCAUAACCGCCAUCGAUAAGAGACAUUACUGUGCAGCCGUAUUCAUCGACCUGGCCAAGGCUUCUCAAAUGACUGCCUCACCUGGUUCCCCAACUACUUCUCAGACAGAGUUCAGUGUGUCAAAUCGGAGGGCCUGUUGUAUGGCCGGACCUCUGGCAGUCUCUAUGGGAGUGGCACAGGGUUCAAUUCGUGGGCCGACUCUCUUCUCUGUAAACAUCAAUGAUGUCGCUCUCACUGCUGGUGAUUCUUUGAUCCACCUCUACGCAGACGGCACGAUUCUGUAUACUUCUGGCCCUUUUUUUGGACACUGCGUUAACUAACCUCCAGAUGAGCUUCGAUGCCAUACAACUCUCCUUCCGUGGCCUCCAACUGCUCUUAAAUGCAAGUAAAACUAAAUGCAUGCUCUUCAACUGUUCGCUGCCCGCACCUGCCCGCCCGUCCAGCAUCACUACUCUGGACGGUUCUGAAUUAGAAUAUGUGGACAACUACAAAUGCCUAGGUGUCUGGUUAGUUUGUAAACUCUCCUUCCAGACUCACAUUAAAUAUUUCCAAUCCAAAAUUAAAUCUAGAAUCGGCUUCCUAUUUUGCAACAAAGCAUCCUUCACUCAUGCUGCCAAACAUACCCUCGUAAAACUGACCAUCCUACCGAUCCUCGACUUCGGCGAUGUCAUUUACAAAAUAGUCUCCAAUACUCUACUCAACAUAUUAGAUACAGUCUAUCACAGUGCCAUCCGUUUUGUCACCAAAGCCACAUAUACUACCCACCACUGUGACCUGUAUGCUCUCGUUGGCUGGCCCUCGCUUCAUACUCGUUGCCAAACCCACUGGCUCCAGGUCAUCAACAAAUCUCUGCUAGGUAAAGCCCUGCAUUAUCUCCGCUCACUGGUCACCAUAGCAGCACCCACCCUUAGCACGUGCUCCAGCAGGUAUAUCUCACUAGUCACCCAGUGAGUACAGAGAUUCUUGAUGAAAACCUGCUCGAGAGCACUCAGGACCUCAGACUGGGUUGAAGGUUCACCUUCCAGCAGGACAACAACCCUAAGCACACUGCCAAGUCAACGCAGGAGUGGCUUCGGGGCAAGUCUCUGAAUGUCUAUGAGUGGCCCAGCCAGAGCUAGAACUUGAAACCGAUCAAAACAUCUCUGGAGAGACCUGAAAAUAGCUGUGCAGCAUCGCUCCCCAUCCAACCUGACAGAUCUUGAGAGGAUCUGCAGAGAGGAAUGAGAGAAACUCUCCAAAUACAGGUGUGCCAAGCUUGUAGAGUCAAACCUAAGAAGACUCGAGGCUGUAUUCGCUGCCAAAGGUGCUUCAACAAAAUAAAUGUGGUAUUUAAAAAAAAAAUUGUAUACAUCUGAAAUCAAUUAUAUUUGCUUUGUCAUUAUGGGGUAUUGUGCUUAGAUUAAUGAUGAAAAAAAACGAUUUAAUCCAUUUUAGAAAAAGUUUGUUACGUAACAAAAAGGGGAAAAAGUCAAGGGGUUUGAAUACUGUCCGAAUGCACUGUAUAUUGUGUAGCACUUAAAUGAGUAACAAUUGGGUUAAGUUGUCUCAUCUAAAAGAUCUAACUUGCCAUUUUUAUUGUCAUUAUGCCAUAGGAAGAUCACAUUUGAAAUAAAAUGAUGCAGAAAGAAUUAUAUUAAUAAUGAUGAAUUUAAUUUGGAAAGGUAUUGUCAAGCUUCAAGCCAGGAAUACAUUGAGUGUGUGCCUUUUUUUCAAAGUUAUUUGAAAAUACAAAUGCCUAAAAAAGUAGCUUUUCGGAGGGUUAGAAAUGCUUUGUGAGAUUUCAGACAGUGUAAUGUGUAGUUUGAUAUGCAAUUUCAAAGUGACAGUAAAGUAGUAUUUAAAAAAUAAAAUAAAAUAAAAAAAUCUGAA